CUGCUAUAACAUGACAUCCCUUCCCCACAAAACAACGAUGCACAUUUAAACACAAUACACACACUUAACAGAGACAGAGCAGUUUCAUUUCUCAAGAUGACUAAUUCACAACGAUAUACCAUGUACUUUUUCAUCCUCCCUGCUCUGCUGUUUGUAGGAAGCAGCAUGCCAUCGGAAGUUGAAAGCUCUUUGCUCUCUGAGGACUUUGUGAACCAAGUGAAGGAUGUCAAUGCUCUGCGCAACAUGUCCAAGAAACCAAGCCUCCAACCCAAAGAGAGCACACCACCGAUAGAAACAUACAUCAUGAGGAAAGGAGGCCAAGUGUGUGCGAUGGCCAGGCUUGGUGUGGAGUUUGUGGUAAAAGAGAAAGAGAAAACGUUGUAUUUCAACAUUGAGCCCAAAUUCACAAGGACGACCGGAUACUGUGCUGACCAGAAAGCAAUCCUCUCUCUUGAAUUUGAUGGAGGGAACCUAGAAUUUACUUUCAUAAAGAAUGGUGAUCUGUCCUAUGUGAGCAGGCUGAGAGCGGUGCUGGAGCCUGAGCCUUUCUGUAAACAAUGCAAAAGUCAAAGCUACCCUGGCAUAUUGGACCAUGAGAAGCUCUUUAAGACCACCAAGGGCAAGAGCUUCAAGUGCCAGUCAAAGACUUCCCUGAAAAUGGCUGAAAACCUGACGAUUAAACUAAUCCCUCUGCAGAUUCAAGCUUUUGACCUUCCCAUGAACAAUUUUGGAAAAGAGACAGAGUGCUGGGCCGACUACACCAAAAGGAUCAUGCCCAUUGUGGUGGGUGCUGUAGUCGCAGGAAUAAUCCUCAUUGCCAUUCUGGUGUAUGUGCUCAAGCGUGAACGCCGUGGUCAUGGCUAUGACCAACUCUAAGUGUCAACAUCAUUAAAAAAAAAAAAACCUCAAUUAACAACACUGUUUUACACCAUAAAACAGCCUGAUAAGACACCCAGCACGAUUACACACUCAGAAUGUUCAGCAUCUAUCAGCCAUCAUAUGCUAAAAUACAUAUAUACUAUAAAAAAAUGUUUACAAAUUUUACAUUUACAUUUACAUUUACAGCAUUUGGCAGACGCCCUUAUCCAGAGCGAUGUACAUAAGUGCUUAAAUCUCUAACAUUGAAUACAUUAAUGCUGGUUCACUAGGUUACAUACUUAAGAUACCAUGAGUUUAAAACAUUUGUUCAAAGUGACAAUGAAAAAGUGUGAAAGUUUUUUUUUUUUUUCACCAUUCAGAAAGCUACAUAUGAGUCUUUAUGUAUUGUCUGUGUGGAUGUAGGACUCAAUAAAAUAAAAUACAGAGGAAUUGUA